AAUCUCUCAACUUCUGCUGCUCACACAAGCUGAUUCUUUUGACAGUUUUCUAUUUAUUUAUUUGCAAAUAUUUAAUUUACCUGUUCAAACAGUUAACAGAGUAAUAAAUUAUUAAUUGUGGUUAAAUUUUUCAUCUGCUAAGUGUUAGUUUACUUAAGGAUUGGUUAAUUGUGAUUGGCAUCAGCGAAGGACCGAACAAAACGGGACAGAGAACUAUUUUUGGACCAGUCAAAGGACAAGGACAUUAAUUACUUUUUGAUGCCGACGGGACGACAAAUUCGCCACGAUCAUCGCCCCCCAUCUUCGAUAAGGAAGGCAGUGGUUCCUUGACGUCUUCACACUUUUGUGGAUAGGUCUUCCUCAUCCACGUCGCUCUUGGCCCGUUGUUGUUCUUAUCUUCUAUGUUUGACUGGCUGUACUCGUCGUCGCAGUAACACUCCUCCUCGUCACGUCGGGGUCGAAAUGGUCAAAAUGGACUUGAAAAAGGUCUUCGUCAUCGGAACAGCCGGUUUCGUCGUGAUUUCGCUUGGUCUCUUUUACGUUCUCACAAAUUCCACGAGAAUCACGUCAGGGCGGAGUCAGCGUGAGGUCAAUCUGGAGAACAUGGAGAGGAAACUGCAGUCCCUCGAGGAGGCGUUUCAAAGUCAUAAAAUGUCGAUGAAAGAGUUGGAAAAACUCGCCAUGUCGCAGCAGCAGAAUGGUGGAGACCAUCCUAUCGUGGAAAGCCCACUCGACAAUAAUAACAUCGACGACAACCCCGCCGCCGUCGCCAAGAAUAAUAAUGAUGUCGUCAAAAUUAACAACAAUAAUAAUGCCGCUUCCGCCGUUGAGUUGGGGACUUGUUCUGCCUCGGUCGGUUUGAAAAACAAGGCUGCGUCUGACUUCAAUAUGUUGGACGUUUAUGACCUCAUAAAAUUCGACAAUCAAGACGGUGGUGUUUGGAAGCAGGGUUUCAAGAUAAAUCCGGAUUCUAGUCGAUUUACAGAGGCAAAUAAACUCAAAGUUGUCGUGAUUCCACAUUCGCAUAAUGAUCCAGGUUGGAUCAAAACGUUCGAAAAGUAUUUCGAAGAUCAGACGAAACACAUUCUUGACAACAUGCUUAUCGAGCUGGGGGCAAAUCCUGACCUAAAAUUCAUCUGGGCAGAAAUUUCAUAUUUCAACCUUUGGUGGACGGACCUCUCGACCGCGCAGAAGAAAGCUGUCCAAAAACUCGUGGAAAAUAAGCAACUCGAGUUCGUCACGGGGGGUUGGGUCAUGCCGGAUGAGGCAAAUUCCCACUACUAUUCAAUCUUAACCCAAUUGACGGAGGGUCACCAAUGGUUGAAGGGUCAUUUGAACGUUACACCAAAAAAUGGGUGGGCCAUCGAUCCGUUUGGCAUGUCGCCCACCAUGGCGUACAUCCUUCGACGGUCCGGUCUCGCCAAUAUGCUCAUACAACGGACCCACUACGCGGUCAAGAAACACUUGGCCAACUUACAACAACUCGAGUUCAGGUGGAGGCAGGAGUGGGAUGAUGCCGAUUCUACCGACAUUUUAUGCCACAUGAUGCCCUUUUACAGCUAUGACGUACCACACACUUGCGGUCCUGAUCCCAAAAUUUGUUGCCAAUUCGAUUUUAAACGUAUGCGAGGCGUAUCGACCAUGACAUGUCCGUGGAACGUUCCCCCGCAACCGAUCGUAACCCAGAACUUGAGGGAACGAUCGCUCACGUUGCUGGAUCAAUAUAAAAAGAAGGCGAUGCUCUUCCGCUCCAAUGUGUUGCUCAUCCCACUGGGCGACGACUUCCGAUGGGAAGACAAACCUGAAUGGGACGCUCAGAGGACAAACUAUGCCAAAAUUUUUGACUACAUCAACUCCAACAAGGAACUCAAUACGGAGAUCGGAUUUGGGACGUUGGACGAUUACUUUGCCGCUUUGGGUGGUGAAAUGACUUCCGGUAGGUUUAUCCCGAACGUUUUGUCCGGAGAUUUUUUCACCUACGCGGACCGAGACGAUCACUAUUGGUCGGGCUACUUUACCUCACGCCCAUUCCACAAGGCCAUGGACCGCGAACUUAUGGGUCACCUUAGAGCCGCCCAAAUUCUGUUUACCACUAUGUCAGCCGAGUUGAGCAAGAAGAAGGGGGUGACCUUGGGGGGAAACACCUUCGUUCGAAGCUUACUGGGCAAAUUGAUCAAUGCACGAAGGGCGUUGAGCCUGUUUCAACAUCACGAUGGUGUCACUGGGACAUCGAAGGAUCACGUGAUGGUCGACUAUGCACAAAAACUUCAUACUGGACUCAACGCGUGUAACCACGUGAUGCAGAAAAGUCUCGAGGUCUUGACACACUUAAUGGACGAGUCCUUAAAUCUGGAGGCGCUAGAGGCAGGGGAGGAGCACCAGUUUGAGCCCGCAUUCUCAAAAGACCACCACCAUGCUUUGCCACACCACUCGAUCAUCACCCUCGACGGGGAAGUGACGGACCGUUUGGUCACCGUACACAAUCCUGGAGCACAUGCUCGCACCAUGAUGGUUACCCUGUAUGUGUCCACGUAUUAUAUCAAGGUGGUUGACAUUGAAGGUGAAGUAAUCGAGUCUGAAAUCCUGCCCGUGUUCGAAGACCGCACAACUCUCUCGUCAAACACGUUCCAGCUCAACUUCGUCACCGAACUGGAACCCAUGGCCGUCAAAAACUUUAUCCUAAAACAUGACCCCACCGCGGUUGUGGAUCCCCCCGAAAUCACGGUGUUCAACUCCCCAUCGGAAAUCUUUGACCAUGACAAGUUCAAAAUUCAGAGCGUGUACGCCAACACGGAUCCCAUUUUCAUUUCCAACGACCACUUGACUAUCAACUUUGGCGAGACGGGGUUUGCCAAAUCGGUCAUUUUGAACGAAAAAGAGAUUCCGUGGGAGGUCGCGUUCUAUUCGUAUGGCGUUAGAAAAGGGGGUGAAACUUCCGGUUUGUAUCUUUUCAUUCCGGACGGUCCCGCCACCCCGUUGGACGUUGGGACCAAACCCUUCAUCAAAGUCGUGAAGGGCAGGUUCCUCAGCUAUGUGGAAGUUUGGACGCAACAAGUCAAACAUCGCGUCGAACUCUACAAUCAUCCUGGAUUUGAACGCCACGCCAUCCGACUCACGAACACCAUCGAUAUCCGUACCGAGAGCAAUUUCGAGCUCGUCAUGCGUCUCAAAACGUCCAUCUCUUCCGCCUCGUCGCACACGGAUCUCAACGGAUUUCAAAUGGUUCGGCGCAAACGUUUAGCUAAACUUCCCCUGCAAGCGAACAUCUACCCGCUCCCGGCCGCCACAUAUAUUGAAGAUUCCUCCCUGCGUAUGACUCUUCUAACGAGACAACCCGCCGGAACUGGAUCCCUGUCCGAUGGCGAGGUCGAAGUCAUCUUGGACCGCAGACUUAUGCAAGACGACAAUCGUGGCGUCGCUCAAGGCGCCAAGGACAACUUGGAGACCGUCACGGCAUACAAUGUCCUCUUUGAAGAAGUCCGCUGUCACGAUGGGGACGUCGGCGAGGGAAAAAAGGCGGGCAUGUUGUCACUCGCCGGACACGCAAGCUUGCACGAUCUACUAAAUCCAUUCAGAACUUUUGUCAAGCCGGGCGUCGUAACGGUGGAGGCGUUAUCGAGGCUGGCGGAUUAUUCGCCGAGGGGAAAAAUGGGGUCGCUGGAUGACCUCGGGUGUGACAUUGAGUUAGUUGACAUGACCUCCCUGCCCGUUUAUAAGGAAGCAUUGGAUGACGCCUCGUACGAGAUGGGCAGCGAGGCGGGCGUAACGUUGAGGAGGGUCGGGUUUGAUGGAAGGUUUUUUAACGGGGGGAUUCCCAUGGGGAGAUGUAGCGUCGCAGAGGAUAGGUUGGGACGCUUUCAACUGAAGGAGUUGGUGGGUGACCUUUUUGCUCCCAAGUUGACCCAGAUGACCUUGUCGUACACUCAUGAGGGGAAAACGUUAACAUCGGACGAGCCAAUUUUGAUGAAACCGAUGGAAAUUUACGCGUUUAGGACGUACUUUGUGAAAAAGUAGGAAUUUAUUUAAUGAACUGUUGAAGGAAUGUUGAUUAAUUAAGUUUGGUGGAAGUCAGAAUGUUAAUUAGUUCAGGUUAAUUAACUAAUUAAAUGGUCGAAGUCAGGUUAAAGUUAACUGUUGUCUGUGAUGUUUACUCAAUUUUUGUAAAUUUGUGACCCAUUUUUUUAACGUGAUUAUAAUUUAUGACUUUUUGGAACUUUGUAAAUAACGAAAAAUCCUAGAAGUUUAUGAGCAGUUAUUUAAAGUUAGUCAUGGUGCUUACCUAUAAUGAUAACCUCGAUGUAUUAUUAUUAUGAUAACCCUGCAACGGUUUGCUUGCAAAUUAAUUAAUUAUAAUUAUAAUUAAACUAACUAAUUGUUGUUACCAUGUUUUGUACUGUACUUUGUAAAUAGUAGAUUAUACAAUCAACCUGCGCCAAAUGUUAUUUUAUAAUUUAGCUGAGUGAAACGCAGCUAUUUAGUCGCAGAAUUAGAAUUGAAGCUAGAUAAUUGUUAAAUGAUGGAUGUGCUUAAUUAUUAAUUAAUAAUUAAGUUAAUAUAAGAUGACAAAAAACUUCAAGAUUCCUAAAUGUUUGUAAAUUAUCACAAAACUCAAAAGUAUUUAUUCACCCAAAAACAUUCAAAAUAUAAAAAAAGAACAAGAAGAAGAACAACAUACACGAAUACGAGAACAUAUUACAAUGAUGAACAAUUUAAUAUGUAAAUUUAAUAUUUAACGAGUUGUUACCAAUUAAUUAUAAUAUUUAGUUAAUCAUUAUUAAGAUCAUUCUUGUUGUUUGUUGUUUGUUACCAAAAAAUGGGACGAAAUACAUUUAAUAUCUCGACAAAAA